UUUCUUACACCAAAGGAAAGGCGGAACCGAGAAAGGAAGAGCUGUCCCUCCCUGGCUGUCGCUACCUCUGCCGCCGCCUUCGAAGAGAAGCAAGCGCAGCCAUCUCUCUCCUCGCCCCCAGUCUCCAAGCGGGGGAAGUUGACUUUCUAAGAAGCAGCCCAGAGGUUUCUCGGGACCAAGGGGAGAAUCCAUUCCCUGAGCGGACCCUUUGCGGUUCGGUUCAGUAAAGGGGAGCGGGGGGAAGCGGGAAGAAAGCGAAGGAAAUGUACGUGUUCAGAACGGAGGGCAGCCUCGAGCGCAAUUAUUAGGAUUUCCAGCCGGAGAAGGGAAGAUCCGCGCGCUCGGGAGUGCGAUCUGCGAGGGGCCGGGGUGGGACCUGAGGGGCGGUGGCAGCGCAGAAGUAGAGGGAGGGGUAGAAAAGGGGUGUUGUUUGCAACAAGGACGCUUUUGCUUUCUGCCGGGCAGCUCGCUUGCUGCUGCUUCUGCCUGGGCGGAUGUUUCCCCGCGGUUUGGUGCAGGAUUGAAAGGAGAGGAGGAGUGGGAAGCGGCGAGGGUUUCAAGAGGCAGGCUUGGUGGGUAGGUGGGGGACACCUGCCUGUGGGCGAGGUGAGGGGCACGUCGUGGAUGUGCCCAGACGUCUCCGCGUGUUAGCAGCGAGGGCUGUCCCCGGGUUCGCCUUGCCUUUGCCCUCGCCAGGAGACGGGAGGGGUGCGCCAGCUGAGUAGCGGGAGGGCUUUCUGGCGCUCGCGGCUUUGUGGCUCGGGGUCUGCGUGUUUUCGGGGGGGGGGGCUGCGCCUGAACCAGCUCGGAAGAAUGACUCUGGAGUCCAUCAUGGCGUGCUGCCUGAGCGAGGAAGCCAAGGAAGCCAGGCGGAUCAACGAUGAGAUUGAGAGACAGCUCCGCCGAGACAAGCGGGACGCCCGCCGAGAACUCAAGCUACUGCUGCUGGGUACAGGAGAAAGUGGCAAAAGCACAUUUAUCAAACAAAUGAGAAUCAUUCAUGGGUCAGGAUACUCUGAUGAAGACAAAAGAGGGUUCACAAAGCUUGUGUAUCAGAAUAUAUUUACAGCAAUGCAGUCUAUGAUCAGAGCUAUGGAUACGCUCAGAAUCCCAUACAAUUAUGAGCAUAAUAAGGUUAAUGCACAGCUAGUUCGAGAAGUUGAUAUAGAGAAAGUGUCCUCAUUUGAGAACCCUUACGUAGAUGCAAUAAAGAGCUUAUGGAAUGAUCCUGGAAUUCAGGAAUGCUAUGACAGACGACGGGAAUACCAGUUGUCAGAUUCUACUAAAUAUUACCUUAACGAUUUGGACCGUAUAGCAGAUUCUGGAUAUCUACCCACUCAACAAGAUGUUCUUAGAGUUCGAGUUCCAACCACAGGAAUCAUCGAAUAUCCAUUUGACUUACAAAGUGUUAUUUUCAGAAUGGUGGAUGUGGGGGGACAGCGAUCGGAACGAAGAAAAUGGAUACACUGUUUUGAAAAUGUCACCUCCAUUAUGUUUCUAGUAGCUCUUAGUGAAUAUGAUCAAGUACUUGUGGAAUCAGACAAUGAGAAUCGAAUGGAGGAAAGCAAAGCACUAUUUAGGACAAUUAUCACAUAUCCCUGGUUCCAGAAUUCUUCAGUCAUUCUAUUCUUAAAUAAGAAAGACCUUUUAGAGGAAAAAAUAAUGUACUCACAUCUAGUUGACUAUUUCCCGGAGUAUGAUGGACCUCAACGAGAUGCACAGGCAGCAAGAGAAUUUAUCUUGAAGAUGUUUGUUGAUCUGAAUCCUGAGAGUGAAAAAAUUAUCUACUCCCAUUUCACGUGUGCCACAGACACAGAGAAUAUCCGCUUCGUCUUUGCUGCUGUCAAGGACACUAUCCUACAGUUAAACCUGAAGGAGUACAACUUGGUCUAACUGUGCCUCUUAGAUCUCCACCCACCCACUUUGGGCAAUUGAAGAUAUUCAAGAGGGACUGUAUUAUCUGUGAAAAUGAUCUGCAUAAUACUAAUUUAUUGCUGGCCUGGACUCUGUUAAUAUUUGCAGAGUUUGUAGUAAAUAUUACAAUUUUAUUUAAACUUUACAGAGGAAAAAAAAACAAAAGAUGCUGAACUACAUUCACAGCACAUUUCCUCAUUUUUUAAGUCAAAAUUUUGUGACUUAAUGUGUUCUAAAUUCUCAGUUGUGCACACACAAAAGGAUAGGGGGUUGGGUUGAUUUUUUUGUUGUGACUAAAGCAAAAUCAAGUUGGGGUCUCCCUCCUAUUGUCUCUGCCUGUGUUUGUCUUGAUUUAUUUUUUCAGGUACAAUGACCUGGCCCCACAAGUUUCAUUUCCAGGUUUCCUCCUUAGAUCUGUGGGGAAAAAACCUGUCAUUAGAAUUUCAGCCAUCAGAAACUACUUUUAUGAGGGAUCAAAUCUAUUCUAAUUUUAUUUAAUUUUUGGCAGACAUAAAGAAUAUCUAUCUUUUGGUGUCAACUUUGCACUGAAGGAAUAUUGUUCAUUGAGAAUAUUAUAGCAGUGUUAAAGAUUUUUAUCAAUAAUUGUCACAUAGAAAAUCAGAAAACUACACAGCAAAAAACCACUAAGAGGAACAUUUCUUGAAGCAGGAUAACUUUUUGAUCUGUAAUUGCCAUUCAUUCUCUUCCAAAACCAUUCUUUAAAAAAAAAUCCCUUCCCCCCUUUUUUGCUUCCAAUAUCACAGUUGCAAAUAUAUACCAUGGAGCUACAAUAGCCUGGAACAUCUUUUUUGAUCUGUUUUUAAAUUAAGCAGACUAUCUAGAUUUCUCAUUCCAAUUUCAGUUUUUUUUAAUUGUCUGCAAAGUAUUACGUUGCCAGAUUUUGCUCUUUUUUUCUUAUAUAUGGUAACUACAAAAUGUAAGAUAGUGAUUUAAAAUGCCAAGUUAACUGAUUGGGAAUCUCUUCCAGACAACUGCCAAAGGUUAAAGCAACUAGAUUUUAGCUUUUUUGUUUUCUCUUUGUACUAAAAAGCUUUCCAUUUCUCAAUGCCAAGCUUCCCCCCACCUCAACAUUACAAGUGAAAAUUGGUGCUACAUACAUAUGGCCUAAUUCAAAAACAGUUUUAAUAUCUAAAAUGCCAUAAGAUCGACAGUGUUCUUAUUUUCCUUCUUUACUAAGGCACUUUUAAUGGAAAAAGACAAAAUUAAAAUAAUUUUUAAAUAGGACCCUUUGUAAGACAGAGAGAAAAAGAGAGACAAUGUACAUAUAAAGUUACGUGUGUAAGUGUGUGAAAUGGCAAAAUGGAAGGCUAAACCUUCCCUACUAUGCAUAAUUUUUUGAGAACAAG